GAGAGUCAAAAGGCGUCGGCCGAGUCUGGGCAAGAUGGCCGCCGUCGAGGUGUCGUUGCGGGGGAACUUCGUGCAAGGAUGGCGACAUCUAGACUGAGUCGGAGGCGAAGGUCCCAGCUCCCUUUCCGUCAUUUGUGAGCUUACUCCAUGCGAAUAGUCUCGAUAAUCUUCAUUGUUAUUUGUGAACCUUGACUGACAACAGCAGUGUUUGAGGCCUAGUGGUUUACUUGGACCAGGCGAUUCCAUCUGCCAGGUGUUUGGACCUCCAGAGAAAGUGUCCAAGCUUUCAGUGUUCCGGCAGGUUGUCAUUCCAUAGCAGUCCUUCCCCUACACUGGAACAUGGCAUAGAAUCUGAGUCCGCAGUAGCAUUUAAAUGUGAUUGAAGCCUGGGAAGCUUGGGAAAAAAUUCUCAAGGUAUGGAUGAAAAAGGUGGCCCGAGCAAUGAGGAAGCACCCAAGGCCAUCAAACCCACCAGCAAAGAAUUCAGGAAAACGUGGGGCUUUCGAAGAACCACCAUCGCCAAGCGAGAGGGUGCCGGGGACGCCGAGGCGGACGCUCUGGAGCAGCAGCCCCAGCAGGGCCUUUCCUUGCGGCGCAGCGGGAGGCAGCCGAAGCGGACCGAGCGCGUGGAAGAGUUUCUCACGACGGUCCGACGGCGAGGAAGGAAGAAUGCGCCCGUCUCCCUGGAGGACUCCGGCGAGCCAGUGUCUUGUCCCGUCACGGACGUGGAGACGGCAUCGGAAGGGAGCGUGGAGAGCACGUCAGAGGGGAAGGGCGGGCCCACGGCAGGCUCCGCGGGGGACAAGGAGCAGCCGGCCGCCCCCACAAAGGCCAAAGGGGGUGAGGGCGAGGACGACACCUCUGACAGCGACAGCGACGGGCUGACUUUGAAGGAACUGCAGAACCGCCUGCGGAGACAGCGGGAGCAGGCGGCGGCCGACAGAUCCCCCAGGAGCCUCCAGAGCCGCCUGCGGAGGAAGCGCCGAGAGCAGGGUCCCACGCAGACCGGCGGCACGGAGGCGGCCGGUGCCACAGAGAGCUCGCUGCCCCGCGAGCAGGAGCCCGAGGCCGAGCAGGGCGCCGUGUCGGAGGCCGAGAAAGACGGCGGAGAGCAGGAGCCGGAAGGGAAGGCGGCUCAGGGGAUGGAAGGCAGAGACCCCAGGGACACGGGCCGGCAGCGGCCCGAGUGUGAGGCCUAUGAGCCCAACGCUCUGUACUGCAUAUGUCGUCAGCCGCACAACAACAGGUUUAUGAUCUGCUGUGACCGAUGUGAAGAGUGGUUUCACGGCGACUGUGUGGGCAUCUCCGAGGCUCGGGGAAGGCUCCUGGAGCGCAACGGCGAGGAUUACAUCUGCCCGCACUGCACCAUCCUGCAGGUGCGGGACGACGCGGAGCCCGAGGGCACAGAGCAGCAGGAGGCUGGGUGCGGGCCCGCAGACUCAGACGGUGCCGACUGCACCAGCAUGGGGACGGUGGAGCAGAAGUCCAGUGAGGACCAAGGAAUAAAGGGCAGAAUUGAGAAAGCUGCAAACCCCAGCAGCAAGAAAAAGCUCAAGAUAUUCCAGCCCGUGGUAGAGGCUCCUGGUGCCUCAAACUGUAUCGGCCCCGGGUGCUCGAACGUGGCGCAGCCUGACUCGGUUUACUGCAGCAGUGACUGUAUUCUGAAACACGCCGCGGCUACUAUGAAAUCUCUAAGUGCGGGUAAAGAACAAAAACCAAAACCUAAAGACAAGACCAAGAUGAAGCCAGAGAAGCUCGUUCUCCCGAAAUGUAGCGUCCAGGCAGGCGUGCGAAUCUCUUCUGUGCAUAAGAGACCAGCUCCAGACAAGAAAGAAAACAUAGCGAAGAAGGCGACAGUGGCCCCUUCGAGGAGCGAGGUGUUCGUGAAGGAAGCGACCUGUGAGGGCACGCCGUCCUGGGCAAGCGACCACAAUUACAAUGCAGUAAAGCCAGAACAGACUGCUGCCCCCUGGCCACCACUGUUGUAUAAAUCCAUGAAGGAGGACAGGCGUGUGGAGGAGAAGACUGCAGUGGUGGCUGUUGGGCCGAAGAAGAUGGCCCCUCCGGGCUCCUCGGCAGGCGGCAAACAACCUUCACCCAGAAACCUCCUGCCGAAGAAGUCCCCUCCCUUCGCAAACGCAGCAGCAGCCAAAGUGGCCAGCAAGAAGUCACCGUCGGGCUUCAAGGGCACCAUACCCAAGAGGCCGUGGCUCUCGGCUGCCCCGCCGGGUGGCGCCCCCACCGCCAAGCAGGCCAGGCUGGCACCUGGGGCUGCCACGUCCGCUUCCAAGAAGUCACCGGGCUCUGCCGCGUUGGCGGGGGCCCUCAGGAAGCCGGUGGCCACCUCCGGCCCCUUGGCUCCUCCAGCCCCAGGACGCCUGGGGGCCUCGAGCCCUGCCCUGUCGCAGCCAAAUUCACAGAUACGGCAGAACAUAAGACGCUCCUUGAAGGAGAUUUUGUGGAAAAGAGUCAACGACAGUGAUGACCUAAUCAUGACGGAAAACGAAGUAGGAAAAAUUGCCCUCCAUAUUGAGAAAGAGCUGUUUAACUUGUUCCAAGUCACAGACAAUCGCUACAAGAGUAAAUACCGCAGCAUCAUGUUCAACCUCAAGGAUCCCAAAAAUCAGGGCCUCUUCCAUCGUGUUCUGCGUGAGGAGAUCUCUUUGGCAAAACUUGUGAGGAUGAAGCCAGAAGAACUCGUGUCCAAAGAGCUGUCCACGUGGAGGGAGCGGCCCACAAAGCCUGCGAUGGAGUCCAGAAAUAAGCAGCACGGUGACAGUAAACAGACCACCGUUAAACGGGACGCUGUGCCCAACAUGGAGGACUCGCCACCCGUGUCCGAUUCAGACGAGCAGCAGGAGUCCGUGCGAGCCGUCCCCGAGCAGAGCGCCGCGCCCCUCCUUGACAUCUUCAGCAGUAUGUUGAAAGACACCACGAGUCAGCACCGGGCACAUCUGUUCGACCUGAACUGUAAAAUUUGUACAGGUCAGGUUCCGUCAUCGGAAGAUGAACCGGCUCCAAAAAAGCAAAAGCUGUCCACUUCUAAGAAGGAAGAGUUGAGAUCCAAGUAUGACACCACUCCUUCUGAGCCAGUUCUUAGCUCGGCUGAUGACGUGGUUCCAGAAGCUCUGCCUGAAAGUGCCUCCGAGCCAGACCUGGACAGUGCUGCUUCGCACGCACACUUGGAGAGAAAGUAUUUCCCUGUGCCGCCGGGAGACAGCCACCCGGAGCCUUCUGCCCUGGAAGGCCCCUCCUGCCCGGCCACCUGCGGGGGCCCGGUGCUCACCACGGUCACGGUGUCUGGCCGAGACCCCAGGACCGCGCCAGGCGGGUCGUGCGCAGUCACGGCCCCUGCAGCAGCCCGCCCUGACGGCGCCCACCCAGUGGAAUCCCGACAGGAGGUCCUGAAGCCUGCCGUGACCUCGGUGACAGUGCCCAAGUCCAUACUGGCGAAGCCGUCCUCGUCCCCCGAGCCCAGAUACCUCCUGCCGGUGCCACCGUCACCACGCGUCAGCCUCUCCGAGUCAAGGUCCCCUCCGGAAGGAGAUACGACCCUCUUUUUGUCUCGACUCAGCACCAUUUGGAAAGGAUUCAUUAACAUGCAGAGUGUAGCAAAAUUUGUCACUAAGGCGUAUCCCGUCUCAGGGUGCUGUGACUAUCUCAGCGAGGACCUGCCAGACACGAUUCACAUUGGCGGAAGGAUCGCGCCCAGGACAGUCUGGGAUUAUGUCGGCAAGCUCAAAUCCUCUGUGUCUAAGGAGCUGUGUCUCAUCCGCUUCCACCCCGCGACCGAGGAGGAGGAGGUGGCCUAUAUCUCUCUCUACUCCUAUUUUAGCAGCCGCGGCCGCUUCGGUGUCGUAGCUAAUAACAGCAGGCACGUCAAGGACCUCUACCUGAUCCCGCUGAGCGCCAAGGACCCUAUUCCAUCCAAACUCUUGCCCUUUGAGGGACCAGGUCUUGAGUCACCGCGCCCCAACAUCAUCCUCGGGUUGGUGAUCUGUCAGAGAAUAAAACGCCCUUCAAGUGCUGGAGAAUUAGAUAAGGUAGAAGAGAAGCGGACCCGACUUCAGACCCAAGAAGAAACGGAGGUUUCUGUCUAUCCCAAAGUGCCUGCGGCCCCGCAGUCUGAGAGGAAACCCCCCAAGCUCCAGGUCUGCUCCGGGGACGUGGCCGGCAGCACCACACCCCCAGGGACUCCUCCCCCGCCGCCCCCUCUGCCCGAGCCACCCAGUGCCCCGGCGUCGUCGUCCGUGUUGAAAAUCCUGUCGUCGCUCAAACCAGGAGCCACGAGCACUAGCACGGCGUCCUCACCCGCCACCGCGGCCGUCACCGUGGCCUCUCCCUCCGCCAACCCCUCCACCUCGAAGACAGCCUCACCCCUGGAACACAUCCUGCAGACGCUCUUUGGGAAGAAGAAGUCCUUUGACCCCCCUGCCAGAGAGCCCGUGGGGUCCACACCGGCCUCCCACCAAGACCCCGAAGCCACGGCCGACAGCGGGCUGCCCGCGGCGCCUUUACUGGACCCGAUCGUCCAGCAGUUCGGUCAGUUCUCAAGAGACAGAGCUCUGGAGGACGAGGAAGAUGACAGACCGUAUGACCCCGAAGAGGAGUACGGGCCCGACAGAGCCUGUGACGCUCAGCUCGAGCGCGGGAGGCGCCCCAAUGGGGACAAGGCCCCGGAGACGGCCGAGCGGGAGGAGGUGGCCUAUGACCCGGAGGAUGAGACCAUCUUGGAAGAGGCCAAGGUGGCCAUCGACGACCUGCCCAACAGGAUGUGUGCGGACGGGAAGGGCGGCUCCGCCGAGAGGCCCGGCGAGCCCACGGCCCCCGGAGCGGCCCCCUCCCUGGUCGAGCAGCAGCAGAUGAUCGAAGAGCUCAACAAGCAGAUUGAGGAGCAGAGGAGGCAGGUGGAGGAGCAGGAAGCCGCGCUCCGGCAGCAGAGGGCCGCCGUGGGGGCCUCCAUGGCGCACUUCUCCGUGGCCGACGCGCUGCUGUCGCCGCCUCCGAAGUCCCUGCCCCAGGCCGAGCUGUUCCCGCCAGAGCAGCAGGUCGCGUGCCGCCCGUCCGCACUCCCCGGCGCCCCUGCGGGGGCGGGGGCGGGGGCGGGCCCCGGCUGCGACCCGCGGCAGAACCGGGACCCCCGGCAGGCCCGGCGGCUGGCCGCAGAGCACGGCGAGGGUGAGGCCGGCUCCAGGCCGCCCGCGGCCCGGGAGGAGGCUGCAGAGUCGGCCCCGCAGGCCAAGCCGGACGGCCCCAAGCGCGAACACCCCCCCGCGAGCCCGGUCCCGCCGCCCGUGGACGGCGGCGCCCCCUCGGCGGGCUCCAGACCUGCCCGCAAGGUGCUGCUGCCCACGCCCCCCGGCGCAGCCGCCUUUCAGCCCGGCUUCCCUUUGCAUGGCGACGCCCAGAGCUUCCCCUCUGCCGGCGGGAGGGACCCUUUCUCUGGGGCCCCUCAGGACAAAGCGCUCGGCUCGUCCCAGUACGAGGAUCCGAGGAACGCUCCGUUUGCCGAGAAAAGUGACCACCCGACCGUCGAGCCUGAAGGAGACAGGGAGCCGCAGUGCAGACCCGGCGAGGGGGCCGCCACUCUCCCGGCACCUGGACAGAGGGUGGGGGGCCCUCCGCCCGUGCCCCAGGGCCAGCGGGAGCCGGCACCACGUGCUUUCGGAACGUCUGGGCUUCAUGGCCCCAGUUUCCCAGGACCGAGGGGGUCCGUUCCUCCUUUCUCAGAGGAGAGUAUGGUUUCCAAUAGCGAUGGGCCACGGGGGCCUCCGCCAGCCAGGUUCGGGGCUCAGAAGGGGCCCAUUCCUUCCUUGUUGUCAGGGCCACACGGGCCCCCUCCCUACGGGGACAGCAGGGGCCCCUCCCCCUCCCACCUUGGGGGACCCAGGGGAGCAGCACCCCAAUUCGAAGACCGGAAGGACCCCCACGGGGAGAAGAGGGAGUUCCAGGACGGCCCGUACGACGAGAUGGCCGGCCCCCCCUCUCAGUUCGAGGGACCAGAACAAGCCCCCUUCAUGGCGGGCAGAGGCACGGCGCCUUUCCAGUUCGGAGGCCAGAGGAGGCCUCUUCUGUCACAGUUUAAGGGCCCCCGAGGAGGUCCCCCUCCCUCUCAGUUUGGAGGUCAGAGAGGGCCCCCGCCCGGCCACUUCGUGGGCCCGAGGGGGCCACAUCCCGGUCAGUUCGAAGGACCCAGAGCCCAGGCACCAAACUUCAUGCCGGGGCCCAGGGGGAUCCAGCCUCAGCAGUUCGAGGAGCAGAGGGUGAGCUCGCCCCCGAGAUUCGCCGGCCCCCGGGCGCCAGCGCCCCUGCCGUUCGGCGGGCCGAGAGGGUCGGCGCCCUUCCCCGAGAAGAGCGAGCCCGCACCGCCCCGCUUCCACUUCCAGGGCCCGCCGGCCCCGGGGCUGAAGCCGGCCCCCAGGCCGCUGCUGGAGCUGCCCAGCCACCCGCCGCCGCACCGGCCGGAGCGCUGGGACGAGGCGCCCGCGCAGGGCCCCGAGGCCGACUUCCGCGAGGGCAAGGGCCACGAGUACAGAAGCCAGGCCUUUGAAGGGCGGCAGCGGGAGCGGUUCGAAGCCGGGCCCAAAGAGAAGCCACUGGAGGAGCCCGAGGCCGCGCCGCCGGAGAGCCGGCCGGGCAGGGCCCUGGAGGAGCGUCGGCGGGAGCGGGGGCGGCGCUGGAGCCGGGAGCGGGACUGGGACCGGGGCCACGAGCGGGGCCGUCACCGCGACAAGGACCCGGGCCGCGAGUGGGACCGGAGUCGGGAGCGCGGCGCCGACAGGGACCGAGGGCGGGAGCCGGAGCGGGCGGCCGAAUGGGGCCGGAGCCGGGAGCGCAGCCGGAACCGGGACCGGGAGCGCCGGCGGGAGCGGGAGAGGUCUCGCAGCAGGGAGCGCGGCCGGGACCGCACCCGCGAGCACGGCCGGGAGCGCAAGGACCGCAGCAAAAGCAAGGAGGGCGCCCGGGACCCCAAAGCCGAGGCGCCUCGGGCCGCCACCCCCGCCGCCCAGACCUAGCGCCGGCCGCGCAACGCUCCCGCGGGGCCGGCGCCCGGGGCGUGGUGAGCGCCUGGGUGUGCAGAGAGCUACGAACUGCGGUGCAGAAUAGAACGUUCUGGACUUCAGCGAUUGCUGUAAUUUUGUGUAUAGUGGUUUCUUACAAAAUUUCACAUCUUUACAAUUCUGUUGCUUUUUAAAAAAAAAAAAAACUAAGAACUGAAUAUUUCCAUUUAAAAUCACUGAAAUGGGAAAGCGUCUACAGAAGCAUAUUGCUUUUUCAAAUUAUAAAGUUAUCUUUUCCAAUAACUUGAGUCUAGUAACUUUUAAGGGAAUUUCAGUGGACCCUAGAGCCAUACCUUCGCUGACCUCUCACCUGUAUUUCUGUUUCCAGAAGCUGUUGUCACAGGUGUCACAGGUGUAGUGCUGGGGGGGGGGGGGCGGUGGCCUGCUUUCUGCUCGCUCCCUGGGGUGUCAGAUGCACAAAAGCCCACAAAUGCAUUUUCCUUUUGUCCUAAAGAAAUUUGAAUUGCAAAUUUCAACCAGGAAACAAAACAUUUCGUAGUUUUGCUCAGUUUUUAUAUAUCACCCUGUACAUUUUUUUUCAAAAACGUGAUUGAAAGCAACAUCUGUCCAAGUAGAAAUUGUUGCAUUUUAAAUAGCAAUCUAUUGAAAAAGGUGUAACCUUUACCAGCCUAAAGAAAGUGAGAAGAUAAGCCAAUUAAGUGUACUUUAAAAGGGGGGUGGGGGGAGGGGGGUUAGUUGGACCUGAAUGAUCAGGAACAUUUUGUUUGUGAAACCCGACCCUCUGAGCAGUCCUUCCUGUGUCCCAGGGAAAGGGCACCAGCUCCAGACUGUUACACUGUCCGGUGAUGCAUUUUAGAGUUUGUCAUUGAAAGCGGAACAGUACUUGUGUGAAGUCUGGGACGGAAACCAGUGACCGUAGUUAGAGAGCUCCAACUCAGGAAGCUGUUGGCUGAAACGGCGGCCUGCCUUCUGUGGCGUAUUUGCAGGUACUUCCGGAGCGUGAGAGGGAGGAAACCUUGCUAAUUUAUUUGACUGUACAAAUACACUUUGAUAAUUUUUUAUAUUUUCAUAGACUUACUUUUGCAAGUGUAAAAUGAGAGAAUUUCAUUCAUUCUUUGGAGUCUGUUCCAUUGCACAUCACUACAGAUUUUUCACUUUCUAGCACAAACGUACAAAUGGUAAGAACACGGAGGACUUAGUGAUUUGGAGGGACUGGGAUUCCAGAGCAAACGUCAGGUGACACCGCAGCCGAGUGCUGAAAGUUCCAACGUCUCAUACGAUGCGAAGGGUUUUUUACAUGUAAAACAAAUUUUUCUAAUUUAAAUACACAAAUGUAAAAAUCAAGUGUGUUUCUUUAGGUUUACUUGAUAGAAAUUUCUGUAAAUUGUAUUUUAUAUUACAAAGUAUUAUAUCACUGUACAUUAAAACACGGAACUGCAUAGGUUUUGUUACUUGAAGUAGAAUAAACAUCUACAGAAGGUU